AUGCUGUGCCUUGUUUCAAUAGCGUUCUUCAUGACGCCGAAUCCAAUUGCAUGUUUCACUAGGAGAGUUCUGUUCCCGGUUGCAAUCGCUGCUGUGUUCGCACCGAUAACUGUUAAGAGUUUAUGCAUCUGGAGAGUUGAACUGCUGACUUCUCGUGGCGAAGUCCGGCGAGCGAUUGGUGACAAUUCCCCACUUAUUCUAUGGCUUUGCCCUGCUGUGAUUAUCCUACAGAUAGUGAUAUCAAGUGAGUGGGCUGUCUUCGAGUCUUCAACCGAGAUGACUUACGUGGUUUCGUCCCGACAUGGAAAUGCGUGGAGAUGUGCGCCCGGUGAC